CUCACAAUUUAUCUCAUUCAUUCUUCCAUUCAUUUAUUUAUGAUUACCAAGUCUUCAACUUACACUCAGAUUUAUCUCGAUUUCUCUGCAGCUCAUUGACAUAUACAUCAAACUUCGAUUCCUGUUCUCAUUUCAAUACAAGAAUUUUCAAAUCCCAACUUGGAUUUCAAGACUUUCUUUUGUUCAAUCCAUUGUAGUUUUACAUUUAUACAAACUAUCCUUUAUAUCCUCUCUUUAUUGGAUUCGAUUGUUGAUAUGAGAUUCAGAUUUGACUUCCGAUUCAAGAUUUCUUCGGUUUGAUCAUUCGAGUUGAUACAUACAAUACUCUUUGUGUUUGGUUUCGAUUGAAAGUGAAAGAAAGAUUCUAAGAUGGCGAAUAUCCAAGCAAGCUUUAAACUCAAUCCAUUGAUUGAAUGUAAUGGACCAGUGAAUCCAAAGAAAAAGAAAAUCAUCCAAUUACCAGUAUUAUCGAUUAGUCAUUCAAAUAAACAAAAGAAGUCGAAUAAUACUGAUUCCAAGUUCAAGCAGAACAGUGUUGAAGAGAAUGAGAAGACAAUCAAGAAGCUCAGGACAGUGAACAAGAGGAUUAAUGAUGUGGAUAUUAUUAACGAAUUUAAACAACUAGCAGGUUCAACUUGGUCCUUUCAGCGUUCCAAUAGCUUAUUAAACAUUGAUAGCAUAACCAACAAUGCACCUUCCUCCCCAACGAUUCCAACUUCAGCUUCAUCGGAUGAUUCAGAAUUUGAUUUUAAAAAGUUCCCUAUGCCACCUCCACCUAGAUCAAAUACUACUUCACUUCCUUCAACUCCAAUCCCUCAGAUUCCAUUAACAUUGACUCCUAGAGAACUUUAUAGAUUUCCAUUCACUUCUCAACUCAGUCAAUCCCCUCGUCCUUCAAUCCCUAUCAGUGAAGCCUUUGAUCCAUCUCAACCUCCUAAACUUCCAUUACCUCCUCUUCCAUCUAAUCCUCCACAAACAGCACUUUCGUUUGGUUUCCCUUCUAUACCUUUAAGAUCUCCUUCAUCGAAAGCCGAAUCUUCUUCAAUGUUACCUGUUCAUCAACAUCAGCCUAUCUUACCCACACCUAGCGUCAAACAAGAUGGAAUACUGGGUGGCUUAGCCAUCGAUACUUCUCAUACCAAGAUGCAUUGGUCAAUUCACCAGAGGGAUGACUACUCAGGGAAGAGUGUCGACUGCAGUGUAAUCAGCUCGCCUAUCAAGACCCAUCUUCCUCAUCUUGAUAAUCAGACUCCUAAUACACACGAACCAUCUCAUCAAUACCGUAAGCCGGAUCAACAAGAAGCGGACAGAGCUAUCGUGGGACUUCUGUCAAACCCGGGCUCCCACCAGGAAGAGUUUAAACUCGACACGAUUGACGGCUCACUUCUAGCCGAAGAACUUUUCAUUGAUUCCGCCUGCGAAGACGACUUGAAAGUGACUCCACUUCCCACCCAUCAACUUGAGGAUGACGACGAUUUAUUAACAAGUUCUUACGAGUCAAUUAAUUGGUCAGACGUGGUGAUGUUGCCAGAAGAGGAAGACUUGAUCGAGAGUGUUGAAAACUUUGUUACCUCACAAUCCAUCAAAGAAUCCAACAUAGAUAUCCUUGAUCAAUCGUUUCCAAAGGCGACUUCUUCAUACAUUCCUUCUCACAAGGCUACCAACAGCAACGCCGCCAGUCAACUGAAACCGACUCUAUCUGUUGAGCUUGACAUGACUUCGAAAGCGAAACGAAUUUCGCUCACGAGUACCUCCAAUAAACAUCUUUCAACCUUUUCCGUUGGGGACCUCUCUGAAUGGAUCAAACAACAUCACGGUAGCCUAGAACUACAAUCAGGUCCACUUCAGUCCGAUGACGACGAGAGUGAAAUUGACUUGGAAGAAUCCCUCGAUAGACUCGCAAAGCGAUUGGGUUAUCAAGGCGAAUAUAUUGAAGAUCAACUCUCACGUCCAAUCUCCUUUCAAGAUCCACCUUCGCCCUCGUCUCCUUCGAAUCUACCUGGAACGGAACUUGAUGAUGACUAUGACCGUGAUGACCUUUUUACUACUAUGGAGAAUCCCAUCAUACCUGCCCAAAAGAACAAGGACAUCUUAUCACUCGCCUUUAGCCCUACUUUUAAUGCGGUGCCAUCUGGUACUCGUUCCGAUGGUCGCACUCGAUCUUCGUCAUCCACAUGUUCUUUUACCACCAAUUCCACUGCUUCCAUCUUAACUCCCAUCACACCCAUAGAUCAUAAACCAUUUCAUCAACUCCCCCAUCAUUCUCCUCAGAGUAAGCUUCGACAUCAAUCUUCACUUUCGAAGCUGGAUCUGGGUAGUACCAAUAGACCUAUGUUGGAACACAAGAGAUCCUCCUUAUCGAUGGCUGUUCAAUCAAAUAAUCAUUCGAAAUUCAAACCCGCAUACCGACCACAACCCAUGAAAGUGAUUGAAGAACCCUCGAGUUCGGAUGAAGAAGAAUUUGAUUUAUCUCUGGAUCAUCCGCGACGUCCUGCAUACAUGCCCAACUCACUUCCCUUUACAUCCAGAUUAUCUUCAACCAAAGCUCCGCGCUCUACGGUUCUUCCUUCAUCGACCCCUUCGCUAUUUGCUACUCUUCCCCGACCUUCAUCUACACUUCGGAGGCCAUUGGAGCCUUCGUCACUUCAGUUGAAUCCCACUCCAUCCUCCAAUCUGGUGCAGCCACAGUCAUGCCAUGGCACAUCCCGGAAAAGAUCGGGGACAAUCCACGAAAGUCCAACAGCCGUCAAUGGGGAGGAAUCAAACACUCCAUUGGCAUUCAACUUCGCAAAGACUGCGAUACCUAGGGGAACGCUUGCAAAGACGAUGCUAAAGGCUCCAAGGGUACAACUUUCGACACCCAAUCUGCGGUCCUCGAUCCCCAAGCCAUCGUUCACAAAGACUGUCAACUCGCAGCCCACCAGCUCGAAUGCAAACUCUGAGAACAUUUCAAUUGCUUCACCUAAUCUCUCAUCAUCUCGGAUUAAACCCAAGAUGUCACAUGAUCAGCUCUCGUCUGUAAUCACUGAUACUGAACGUCGACUACCAAGCUUGCCUAGCUCAGUCGGUAGACCAAUUCCUGGUCGAAUUCCUGUUCAUUCGUCGCACAGCCAUCUCCUCGCGAGUGUACCGAGGCAGCAGCUCCGAGUUCUAUCUCAACCAUCUCAUCCUCAGAUCGAUGAAAAACCAGCGUCGAACCUCUCACCACCCCUCACUCCCAAUAUGGCUGACCCCGAAAGCAAUCCUUCACCUCUUGAUGUCAUGCCACCACCUGGAACCCCUGGCUUACUUGAACGUCGGCAACGGCUAUCUGGUGGGCCUUCCCGCGCCGCCGGUGAAUCUUGUAAACAUGAAAGCCAUGACGUUGAGGGAGAGAGACCCGCUUCAGCCCCGAUUGCUGAGUCUUUUGGCCGGGUAUCAAGACCAGAGACACCGAGACGAGCAAGCUCGGGUACAAUUGACUCAUCGCAUGUUGGGAGUCACCCAAGGGCAUCAAGUGUGAACCAGCAGAUGUCAUCUUCAAUGACAGCUGAAGAUAAUCGAAGAUCGAGCUCCAAGUGGUCUCGGAACAUGAAUCUACAAUCGGAAUCGAUUUCCGAGGCCCCAGAGGAAGAGGGUCAAACUGAGAAUUUGACUUCCACAAGCAUGACAAGUGAACCGUCAUCAGCCGAGCGAAAAUUACGCUUGAAGCCUCUUUUCCUUGGCUCUUCAGCCUUACCUGGAGAUCGAAUCGUUUCAUGUGAACCAACCUUACGUCAAGUGAAAUCAAGAGCAUCCUUAUCACCUUCUGCAAAUCGUUUAACAUUCCCUAACAAUCCACCUUUAAUGACAUCAUACCUCACUAGAAGAAGUUCCAUAGGAUUCAGUCCAUCUCGACCUACUUCCUUCCCAGUGACUGUUGGUUAUACUUCUAGCUUAUCUAUGAAUGAGCAAGAGAUCGCUUCUUCUGGUCAUGGAUCAGGAGAACGAUCACCGAAUCUUUCAUUAUCUCAUACAAGAGCUUCAGGUUCUAUUUCGAUCAGACAACUUACUUAUAAUUAAAUUUCAUGGAAACUUUUUUUGUUUUGUUUUAGGUGUGAUGUUAAAAGGAUGAUGAGAAUUUAAUUUAAAUUGGGAUUUUGAAAUUUGAUUGAUUUAUAUGAUUUGAUUGAGAUGUUUAUUCAUUCAUUUUUUGGGAAAACUGUAUAACACAUUAAGAGAUAAGGAAAGGUUAUUGAGAUGGUUUUAAUUUGAUGAUUUUCUUUUUGACUUAGUCAAUUUACAUUCAUUAUAGACAAUAUUUAUUUUUUGCAUUGGUUUUAUGAUUUAUAUUUUGAUGAAUUAAUUUAUUUAUCAUAUAUAUACUUAUAUGUGGUUUUUUGUUCGUUUGGUGGUGAUCUUAAGAUUUAUUACCUUUUGGGUUUUUUCAUUUGGUUUUACCAACGGGUUUUGGGUUUGGUUUUUUCGUUUGUGAAGGUUUUUCCAUCAUCAUUAUUUCUGUGUUUUUUGGGGGGAAGAACAUUUGGAAUUUGAUGAGCUUUUUUGUUUUUCGAAAGAAGUUUUGUAUUGAAUUGUUUUGAUUAAAUAUUAAUUUAUAUAGUCAAUUUUUUUUGGUUUUUUAAUGUUUUGAUUUUUUGAUUUUGUGGAUUAACAUGAUGAAUUUUUUUGAAUGUGAACUUAUUUAUAACUUU